CUCGAAUAACUGCGCGCCUGCAUAUACGAAGCAUCCAUAUUCCGAAAUGAAACAAAUAGUGAGAGCCAUAAACAGACGACCACUUCACUUGAUUGAACUUAUCCAUUCCAUUAGCCAUAUUACAAAAAGGUCCUCUCACUCUAACACAUAUAGAUACUAUGUGUGGGAAUGAGUUGUAUGAAUAAGGAUGAGUACCGCAUUUGCCUGUAAUGGGUUGGGUUGGGAAUUGAGAUUCUGGAGGAAGGAUGGAAGAGAAUGACAAGGAGAUAAAAACACCAUUAGUACUGGAAUUCCAUUCUCUCGAAUUAUUAUUCUAAGGCGCAAAGGACACUUCCCUUUUUGCGCCAACCCUCCUUCUCCGCUUUUCAUUUUUUAUAAGGAAAAAAAGGUCAAGUCUGCUUUCUCUUGGACCCACCACCCACUGUUAAUCCCCCCGUAUUAUUAUUAUAUUAUCUAGCCUUCCAUCACCCUGUGGCUUUGUCUCUCUCAUAAUUAUUAUCACCAGUUAUCUCUCUUCACUGAACCAAUUCCAAACACAGAAACAAACAACAUCAUUCAUUAGCCAGCCCUUCAGUUCAGAGGUUAGCCAUACGUACCACCUACCUAGCUUUGCUCAAGUGAGAGAUUGGUUCAGAGAACCAAAAAGGUACGGUUGAGAAAAAGGAGAAAGGAGCUGGGUGCAGGGCCAAACAUAAAAAGGGAUGGGGAGGGCACCUUGCUGCGACAAAGCAAACGUGAAGAAAGGGCCAUGGUCACCGGAAGAAGACGCCAAGCUCAAGUCCUAUAUUGACCACAACGGCACCGGCGGCAACUGGAUCGCCCUUCCUCAGAAGAUCGGGCUGAAGAGAUGUGGGAAGAGCUGCCGGCUGAGAUGGCUAAACUACCUCCGACCAAACAUCAAACACGGUGGCUUCUCCGAGGAAGAAGACAACCUCAUCUGCAGCCUCUACAUCAGCAUCGGCAGCAGAUGGUCGAUAAUAGCGGCACAACUGCCGGGGAGGACGGACAACGACAUAAAGAACUACUGGAACACCCGGCUGAAGAAGAAGCUGCUGGGCAAGCAGCAGCGCAAAGACCACCACCACCACCGCCGCCUCAAAUCCACUAAUACCACCACCGCUGCACCUCCAAACCAUCAACACGACCUAGCCGCCGCCCCCAUCAGCUCCCAAUUAGCUGCACCUGAUUCUUCAGAUAAUAGUACUACCACCGUUCACGACAGUUUGGUGGUUGACCUCCCACACCAUCACUACUGGCCCACGGCAGCCACAGCCGCACUGCCUCCAAUACCAUACUCCAGCGAGGAGCCCCGCCUCAACGACCACGCCUCCAUCCGCAAGCUCCUCAUCAAGCUCGGCGGCAGAUUCUCAAACUGCUCCACCUCUCACCACCAACACCAACUAAUAGUACCCGAGACCACCACCGUCCCACUAUUCCAAGCAGCUUCAGCUUCCUUGGAGGGUUCGGAAGCACUAGGGCGCCACCACUACUGCAACAUGGACGACGGCGGGGUGCUGCUCGAGAUGCUGCAAGGGAAUACUACUAGUCAUCGUGAUGAUGGUGAAGACGCCGACCACGAAAGGCUAGAGUACGGGCUGGAGUUUCUGUUAUCCGGCGAGCAGCAAGGCAUCAUGUCCAACGGUGAACCGUCCGAUCAGUUGGUUUAUGAUGAACACAACAUUAAUCAUUCCCCAUUUCAGGGGGGUUAUCAUAAUGCUUUUGAUGAGCUGAGGCCGUACCCACAACAAGCAGGAGGAUCCAUGUAACAAAAUUUAUUUACUUGUUCAUUCACUUUUCAGUAAUUAAGUUUAUUUACAGUUAUUGUAUUCAUGGUCGAUCCUAUUGUGUUCGGGGGUGUAAAUUACUUGAAACUAAAAAUAUUGCUAUUUGGUGAUGGGGGUUCACUGUUGCUUUUAUAUCUGAGGGAAUGUUAAACCCUAAUUAAUAAGCUCCGAUCCUUCUUGCGGUUUAAUUUGGGCUGUUUUCUAAUGCGGAUGAGCUCUAUAUAUUUCCGGUUCUUUGUUGUAUAUUUCUUUUUUUAUGACAAUGUUCUUUAGUUCCCUGUGUGCUAUUUUCAUAAUUUAAUUACAAGAAUCUGAUGGACAAUUGAUCAAUAUUGAUCCCAAGUCAUUCGUUGUAAAACAAAAAAAAAUUAACGAUGUGAUCAUAUCAUCUACCUCACCAAAUUAAUGCUUAAUGCCGCCAGAUAGAUAUCAUGUACUUUCAUUAUAUACACCCAUGUUUUCAAUAACUUGAGACGUUUCGA